AUAGCGCUAGGUAGCUUAACUCUUAAAUGUAAAAAAAAACAAAAACAAAAUUAAGACUGGACAGAAUCACUCAGUCCUGGCAUAGUACGUUUUCUACAAUUAAUGAUGGACAUGUGUUCUAUAAUAAAAACUGAGUGUGCCGAUAUUAAGGACAUUUUGGGCGAACCUUACUGUAUUUAUGUGUUGAAACAAGGCUACUGUCUUGCUGAGCCAGAUGGCUCUUUUCGGGCCGACGGCACUAUCUCCUUACUAAUUGGACCAAAGAUUAUUUUAGUGGACACGGGCGGUCCAUGGGACCGAGACUUUCUACUCUCGAAGCUAACGGAGAAAGGUCUAACACCAGAUGACGUGAGCUUGGUUAUUUGUACCCACGGACACUCUGACCACGUGGGCAAUUUAGGACUGUUUUCCGAAGCAACAAUAGUCGUCGGAAGUGACAUAAGCCAGGGAGACCGAUACCUGCCUAAUCAACUGGCCGAGGGUCUGCCGUAUCCGAUUGAUGACCAUGUGGCCAUCAUUCCCACUGCUGGCCAUACAGGACGGGAUGUCAGUGUUCUGGUUAAGGGAACCGCUGUGGGAAAAGUUCUGGUUGCUGGGGACCUAUUUGAAUGCUGUACUGAUGAACAUUCUUGGAAGGAGCUUAGUGAGAACCCAGAGGUGCAGGAGGUGAGUCGACAGGCAGCACUAAGCAUUGCUGAUGUCAUCAUUCCUGGACAUGGGCCUCUAUUCAAGGUGUUCAGAGAGACACCAAAGACAAAUGAAGUCCUGGGAUCUGUCUAGAUUGCUGAGCCAUACCUGGAUGCAUGAUUGUACAACAAUUUUGUUCAUAGAAACCUCUGCUACUCUAGUACUGCUCUAGAUUUUCUGUUGUUACUUAGUUCAGAUCAGGGUUUCACCAAUGUUUUAUAAGAUGUAUUUUUCAGCAUGUCACUUGAGAUCUGAAAGCCUUGCCUUCAUUAAAGUGGAAAUUUACUUAGUUUUACUUAUGGGCCCUUGAACAUGAAAUAUCCAGUGGUUUGUCAUUCAGAUAUUUUUAGGGCAGUAUGCAGAGUCUUUCUUUUGGAACACUUUAAAUGGUAUACUUGGACUCACAAGCUAAUAAAAAUCUAUUGAAGAAAG